AUGUUUGCAAGUAUAAAGCCCAAACUUUGGGAAAUGCAGGUGGAAGCACCAUGGCUCCUUGUUGCUCUAGCCACUGAUAUCCGUGAGCGCUGCAAGGUGACAGGGGAUUUGACUGCAGUCCCUGCUGAAGCAGCUGAGGAGCUCGUGAAACGUUUUGGUGGCUGGUGCUACGUAGAAUCUUCUGCUUUCUUCCCGGACACAGUGCAGCUGGUCGUGCACGAAGCCUUGGAAGCGGCAUCGUCCUACUACAGGUUGCAGUGGCAACUCCCUCCUCCUGAUGUUGCUAUUAGGACCAUUGAGGGAAAACCUUCAUGGACUGCAGCACCUGAAAAGGGUGACGAAAAGCUGUGGCUGUCCCAUGAAACGUUAACGGUACACAACGACCAGUCUCCGGUCACAGAGGACCAAGCAAGAGAAGCUUUAUCCCAGUUGGGUGAUUCCAGCACCAGGCGCCAUGCCUAUCUUAGGUGCGAUUUGGUUGGCAUGGAGUUGACUAGUUUAGUGAAACUCCGACGCUGGGAACAGCUCCAAUUCCUCAAUGUUUCGCGAAAUCGCCUUCGCUCUUUGGAGCCUGUGGGUGCCUUGCGACAUCUUUUGCACCUGGACGCCAGCCACAACCUGCUCAUCAGGAGUCAAAGUUUCACAGCACCUGAUGCACUGGAGACCUGCGACAUGUCCUACAACAUGUUGGCAGAACUGGGAGACUGGAAAGUUCAUCGGUAUCUUCGAGAAUUGAAUUUACGUGGAAACUACAUCAGCAUUGUGGGGCAUGGCUUGAAGGGCAACUUGGAGCUGCGUAGCUUGGAUCUCUCGGAGAAUUUCCUCUUGAAACUCGGAGAAGACCUGGAUGAUUUGGAGUUGCGCAGCUUGAGCCUGGCGCAAAAUAAGCUGAGUUCUUUGGAAGGGAUCCAAAAGCUGGCAAAGCUGCAUUGCUUGGAUGUCCGGCACAACCAAAUUACAACAAUCACGGCGUUGAGAGCGGAGGACAUACCCCGCUUGCGGAAGCUUCGCCUCGCAGAGAACCGCAUUUCGCAGAUGAGGGAAGUCGAUCAAUUGGCAAGUUUUGUUUUCCUCAGUGAGCUCUACAUGCAGCCAAAUCCUGUGUCUCAACUGCCUCAGUACCGUGCACAAGUUCUACAUCGGCUCCCUCGCCUCAGACAGUUGGAUAGCCAACAGGUCACUCCGGAGGAGCGAGUGAAGACAGAAGUGAUUUUUGGUGCUGAUGUGGAGACGCGCCAAGAAAUCUUCGAGCAACUGUUGCCAGAAGAAACAUUUGUCGACAGAAGGCUCAUGACGGAGGAGCUGAUUGCGCAGCUGGAAAUGGAACAGUUUGGUUGCCACGGCGAUGCCGGGCCCUUUGGCUGUGAAGCCACGUCAGAUCCAACAUUUGGUGAUCCACCCAGGACGAAACUUCAAGUUGCCAAGUUUCGACAGCGCGUGGAGCAGACGCGCCGUGGAGGAUCUCCAGAGGGAGUGGCCAAUUUCUCGACGUACCCUGCACCGUACCAUUCGAGCUUUGCCUAUGAUGAAGAUUUGCCCGAAAUCUUGGAGGCUGUGGCAGAGGGAGGUUGUCAAGAGUUGUGGCUUGGUGCAGCUGAAAUUUCUCCACAAGGACGGCCAAGAAUCGCUUGGUACAGAAGAAGUUCGGAUUUUCCUUUUUGUCAAUCAAGUCUAAGAGCGAUGGCCUCCGACCUUAUUAGCGAUGGCCUCCAACCUAAGAUCGAUGGCCUCCAACCUAAGAGCAAGUGCCUCCAACCUAAGAGCGGUGGCCUCCAACCGACUAGCGCUGGCCUGCAACCUACUAGCGAUGGCCUCCAAUCCAACCUAAGAGCGAUGGCCUCCUUGUUUCCUUUUUGA